AUGCAAACCCGGAGUCCAGUGGAUAUCUUUGAAAUGCUCGACCAAAAAAUUGCCCCUGGCUCGAGCUAUGGUCAACUGUUCUAUUCUACUUCCAUCGCAUAUACCGAUCCGGAUUCGCGAGAAGAAAAAAACCUUUUAGUAAAGUUAUGCGGUUAUGGGUCCGCCAUCUCAGCAUUAAUCGAAAACCGGGUUUACAUAGUAUCUGGCAAGAUGAUUGCUCCUAACUCCAAUACCACUCCCGUAUUCCAUUUUGACCCUGACCUGAUCUUAGACGUUGGUGAAUUGGAGACCUGUUCUAUUAAAUUCUCUGAUAAGUGCUCCGUGGUUGGUUUCGGCAUUGUUAUUGCCAAACGGGAAGUCUCCAAAGAGGUCGUAAACAGCACCAUUAAAAAUCUCAUCGUGACCUUACAACACUCGGAUUAUGACCCUUUGACCAAACAACAAAUACAGUUCAAGGCUCAAUAUAAAAUCAGCGGUCGCAGAAACUUGGCCAAUACAUUUGGCCUGUUCCAACUUGGACGCGAAGUGCUUCUCUCCGGAAACAUUUGCGGAUAUGACGGAGAAUCUUACAUGUGGAUGAUCAAUACCCUGGCUGUCUCCAUUGCGUCAGGUAAUCAAACAAGUGGAUCGAUCCAAAGCAUGGUGUCCGGUAAGACUCUCCCUGUCCGCCGUCGCCCUGGGUUAAUCUCAUUAGAAGAUCGGGGCAGUUCCAGCUCAAAGCCAAUUCAGAUCAACGACGAAACGCCAACAGUCGUCAAUAACCUUCCCACCUCUGAGCCAGCCUCCGGCGCCGGGGAAGGUUCUGCUCAGAAUUACUACGACUCCAUCGCCAGUACCGGCUCUAAAAAAAGGACUAGGAAAGACAUCCUUGCUGACGCUAAACGUGCCAAAAAGGACCUGUGCGCACCAGCAGAUGCAAUGCCCAUGGGUCAGGGAAGUGUCCAAGGGGCAAUCCUUUGA